UCAGAAGUCACUCCAGCUCCCACUGCUUUAUUUGCUGCCGGUGGUCAUUCUGUUUCUCUGUUUAGUUACGAUGGAGCAGAAAAGAGAAAAUUCCUUGUCCCAGGAGAUUUCUACACUUCCCCUCAAAGAAAGCCCAGAAACCUUCUGGAAAGUAUGUUUUAAAAUAAUAGACUGGUUCCCACCACUGAGGUUUCUGCUACAGUGGCUAAACAGGGGAUGUUCCUGGCUUCGCUGCCUAUUUAUAGUGAAACCUCGUGAUAGCAACAAGCGCCAGCCUGCUGUGAAGCGCUUGGGCACAGUGGCUCAGAUCCUCUUUGCCAUCAUCCCGGUCCGACUCCAGCUGGCCCUUGGAUUUUUACAUAGCAUGUGCCAGAGCAUUGAAAUUGAAGAGACGUUGAAAUUGCCUGCCGCCCCUUCUAUGAGAGGGAGUAAAAGGAAGAAGGAAGAUGAUGAUGUUCUGGAUGAGCCGCAGUGCUGGAUAGAAACAAUCCUGAAAGAUCUUCCAGAUAAUGAUGAUUCAGAGGAUCCCACCUACGAGCCCACCAAAUCAGAAACUGACAGUGAGGAGUAUAAGUCGGAGAACGACACCGAGGGCGAUCUGGAAUACGAGGAGAAAGAUGGUUUGGUGAUACUGAAGGAAGACCCAAUUUCACCGGAGGGCCAAAAUGGAGAGGACACUGCAGAAGAAACACCCCGAACAGUAGAUGCUGGAGAAGAAGUGGCAUCACGAACAUCUGGGGAUGAUCACAAAUACCCAGAGCACUGUCUUUUGACAAACAGAGGCAUCUGCUCCCUAAAGAGCUUGGAAAGUACAGAAAUCAUGGCCGCAUCCAUCCAAGGCAGUGAGACAGUUGAUAGCAACGACUCUGAAGAUGUUUGGACAGAAGCCAGUUGUCCCGAUGGUGCAAAGACCUUCUAA